AUGAUCAAUCAGACUUAUGAUUCACUACAUGCUUCAAAUCAUUUGCACUUGUUUCAGUUAUUAGAGCAAGCUCUGGUGAUUGAGGAGCAGCUGCGGCGUGCCGCCUACAUGAAUCUUCAGAACUCGACUACAGACGGCACUGCCCAGUUAGCACAACGAUUUGCUGAUAUUGAAAAUGUAGCCGAUUCUCAUGCGAAUGUAGCAAAGGAUUCAGCAGCUGGCAAUAGAAACGCCAAUGCAGUAUUGCACAAAGUGCUAAAUCAGCUGGAAGAGCUGCUCUCUGAUAUGAAAGCUGAUGUGUCUCGUUUGCCAGCCACAUUGUCGCAACUUCGUCCUGUUACUCAUAGAUUAGCUAUGACAGAGAGGCAAAUUCUGUCCCGUCUUACCUCGAAAGAUCCCGAUGCCAUGGCUGGAAAAUCCCCCUUGCCGCCUCCGGGCCCAUUCGUGACACCUACGCUUGGACAGCAGCUCUCCGGUAUACAACCCAAGUUUGCUGCGCUUCAUCAACCUGGAAAAAUGUCGGGUGAAUCUGUGGAUUUGUCCACCGCUCCUUCUUCAUCGGAAUCUCCACAGGAUAAAAAAGAAGAAUCAAAAGAAGAAGUUGGGAAACCUGUUCCAGCCGACGAAGAAGUCCCAAUGGAUCUUUCUGCACCUACUGCGCCAGCAGAAACUGCACCUGCGCCAUCACAAGCAGCUCAUACGGCGGAACAAAUUGUUUGUGCAUCCACAGACACUUCCGUUGGAACAGCAGAACAGUCUGCAACACCGACGCCGCCGCCGGUGACUACGCCAGCUGAAUCUUCAGAGAAAAAAGUGUGA